AUGUGUAUAAGUCUUUUCAAGGAUGUCUUUAUGGCAACGCGAAGCAAUUAUAGUACGUUGCUUUGUUGUUUCUAUGACUUUACUCUUCCUCUCGGUAUCCGUGUAUUUAUAAACUUUUCUAGGGGACCGAUCAAGACUUAUCCUACUGUGAAAUUUCGGAAUGAGGCAAGUAGGAAGCGUAUUUUAAUAACAGGAGGAGCAGGAUUUGUUGGUUCACAUUUAGUCGAUCGUUUAAUGCUUGAAGGUCAUGAGGUAAUUGUUCUAGACAACUUUUUCACAGGUAGGAAAAGAAAUGUAGAGCAUUGGGUUGGUCAUCAGAACUUUGAGUUGGUGCAUCAUGACGUUGUAAAUUCAUACUUUAUUGAAGUUGAUGAAAUAUAUCACUUGGCAUCGCCAGCUUCUCCUCCUCACUACAUGUACAAUCCUGUAAAGACGAUCAAAACUAACGCAAUUGGAACUAUCAAUAUGCUCGGUCUGGCCAGACGAGUAAAAGCGAAAAUGUUAUUAGCAUCGACCUCAGAAGUUUAUGGUGAUCCAGAAGUUCACCCGCAGCCUGAAACUUAUUGGGGAAAAGUGAAUUCAGUUGGUCCUCGGUCAUGUUACGAUGAAGGAAAACGAGUGGCUGAAUCGCUAAUGGUUGCCUAUAACAAACAGGAGCAAGUUGAUAUACGAAUUGCUAGGAUUUUUAAUACUUUUGGUCCUAGAAUGCACAUCAAUGACGGUCGUGUGGUCAGCAAUUUCAUUCUGCAGGCACUGAAGGGGGAGCCUAUAACUGUUUACGGUGACGGCAAGCAGACUAGAUCUUUCCAGUAUGUCGAUGACCUUGUAGACGGUUUGAUUGCUCUAAUGGAGAGUAAUACAACGGCUCCUGUGAACUUGGGGAACCCUGAGGAACACAGCAUUGAAGAAUUUGCGUCUAUCAUUAAAGAUCUCGUUGGCAGUAACUCAGAAGUUGUUCAGAAGCAAAGUCAAGAAGACGACCCUAGGCAAAGAAAACCCGAUAUCAGACGGGCAGCAGAGCUCCUUAAUUGGCGUCCAAAGGUCUUUAUGCUAUUGAGGGUUUUCUUUUUAAUACAGGAGUUUAUUAAGUAG